AUGUCUCUCAAGACCGUCGCUGCUACCGCUAUCCUUGCCGCCGCCAACUUGGUGGCUGGCCACGGUGCCAUCAUCGGCGCUACCGGCGAGCUCGGUGGCACUGGCAUGGCCCUCGGUGUUGAUCUCAGCACUCCUCGUGACGGAACCCGUCGCGACCCCUUCCAGGCCGAUUCCACCCGCUUCAAGGGUGAGGCCGCCGACACCUUCGGCGAGACCGUCGGUGCUGGCACCAACGACCUGGAGACUGGCACCAAGGCCAUCAUGGCCGCCACUGGUGACCAGCUUCCCCAGAUCCGUGCCGGUGGCACCAUCGACAUGACCGUCCACCAGGUCAACGGUGACGGCGGUGGCCCCUACGACUGCAUGAUCAACGGUGAUGCCACUGGCGCCACCUGGACCAACAUCAACGUCCCCGUCACCGUUCCCGGCCAGAACUCCCGCAACCGCGCUGGUGCCAUGACCGACUUCCCCAUCAAGGCCGAGAUCCCCGCUGGCCAGAAUUGCACUGGUACCGUCGCCGGCCAGAACAACGUCUGCUUGGUCCGUUGCCAGAACGCCGCUCGCGCCGGCCCCUUCGGUGGUGUCGUCCCCGUCCAGAUGGCUCAGGCCGGCAACACCCCCGCCGCCGCUCGCCGCAACCUCGCUCGCGCUGUUGCUGAGUCUGACCGCCAGUUCAAGCGCAUGAUGAAGCGCGCCAUGGCCAUUGAGGCCACCGACUUCGAGGACGAGGAGUAA